AUGUCGUCAGCUGAGGAGGCGGACUUGAUUGUGAAGCACCGGACCUGCAACAGCGAGUCUUGGUUCGGAGUUGUGAUGGAGUUGAAUGCCAGCCGGUCGGCGAAGCUGGCAACCUGUGAACUCUACGCCGAUAUGAACUACCUCGACGCAGGAGCUGCACGUGCUGCACGAUGCGGCGACGCCGCAGCCUUCGCAGGCACCUACGAGGAAUACCUGGAGCGUGAUAUCCAGACCCUCGCUGUGCUGCAAGCACGGAGCAAGAAUUGCAGCGCGGCUACAACUGGUUACGAUUCGAAGGUCACGGAAUGCGAGAACGCUUUUGACGCAUUGACAACGAAGCUGCAGGAGUGCUUGGAGUUGGAAGCUUACUUGGCCAAAAUCCAUGCCCUUCCAGAUUUGUCAACCCCGGCUGCUGGCCCGACGCACGACUUCUGCGCGCCCUGGGCGGCGAAGGUGACGGCCUGCAGCGACUACGACUCAUGCUACACCUCGAAGGCCGUCAUGCAAGAAAGCUCCUUCUUUGCCGCAAAUGAGCUGGCCAACAGCCGGCAGGCUGAAUACCUUGCGCUGAAGCGCAUCGACUGCCUGCUUGGCGUCUUAGAGAGCUCCGCCACUGAGCAGCCGGACAAGCUGACGGCCUGCGUUUCGGCAACCCACGACACCAGCAGCCUGGAGUUGAAGAAGCCGGUGCCGCCGGCCAAGGCCUCCUGCGUGCCAGGCACCCAACCUGCCGGCUGCGAUGCUCCGAAGUAG